AUGUCAUUCGGUGUUACCAAUGCUCCAGCCAUAUUCAUGGACUAUAUGAAUCACAUUUUUAGACCCUUCCUGGAUAAGUUUGUUGUCGUCUUUAUUGAUGAUAUCCUUAUUUUUUCCACGAGUCGUGAGGAGCAUGAAGAACAUUUAAGGAUAGUGCUCGGUGUGUUAAGAGAAAAGAAGUUUUAUGUCAAACUGUCCAAGUGUGAAUUUUUGAUGGAAGAAGUACAGUUUUUGGGGCACGUAAUAUCAGCGGGCAAUAUUUCUGUGGAUCCUGCAAAGGUGCAGGCUAUGCUUCAUUGGGAAAGACCCCGUUCGGUCACUGAAGUCAGAAAUUUUGUUAGAUUGGCGGGCUACUUUAGACGAUUCAUUGAAGGAUUCUCUAAGAUGGUAGCGUUGUUAACUCAGCUGACCAGGAAAGAUCAUCCUUUUGCUUGGACCAAUCAGUGUGAACCCAGUUUUCAAGAAUUGAAGCAAAAGUUGACGAGUGCUCCAGUAUUAGUUAUUCCCGACAUCAGCAAACCUUUUGAAGUCUUUUGUGAUGCCUCUCACCAAGGAUUGGAUUUGGAGGAACUAUCUUUAUGGAGCUCAAUUCCAAGUGUUCAGCGAUCACAACAGUCUCAAGUAUCUCUUUGA